ACCAUGGAGAAUCACAUGUUCAGCGUUAAGCAGAUCCAACCCAAUGUCAUUUCUGUCCGCCUCUUCAAGCGCAAAGUGGGGGGCCUGGGGUUCCUGGUGAAGGAGAGGGUGAGCAAGCCACCUGUGAUCAUCUCCGACCUGAUUCGAGGGGGCGCCGCGGAGCAGAGUGGCCUCAUCCAGGCCGGGGACAUCAUUCUUGCCGUCAACGGCCAGCCCUUGGUGGACCUGAGCUAUGACAGCGCCCUGGAGGUGCUCCGAGGUAUUGCCUCCGAGACCCAUGUGGUCCUCAUUCUGAGGGGUCCCGAGGGCUUCACCACGCACCUGGAGACCACUUUCACUGGGGACGGGACCCCCAAGACCAUCCGGGUGACACGGCCCCUGGGUCCGCCAACCACAGCCGUCGAUCUGUCCCACCAGUCAUCAGCCAGCAAAGAGCAGACCCUGGCAGUGGACGGGGCCACGGAUCCUGGCAGUGGGCCGCAGCACGUGCCAGACCAGGGGCAGGAAGCUGGCUUGCUCUCCCACGCCAAUGGCCUGGCUCCCAGGCCCCCAAGCCAGGACCCUGCCAAGAAAAGUUCUGGGGAGAGCAAUAAACUGCUCAAAGAGAUACAGCCUGUGCUGAAUCUCCUCACCAGUGGGGGCGAAGGGAUCAAUGGAGGGGGACCUGCCAAAGCGGAGACAAAGGACGCAGAAAUCCAGGUGGACAGGGAUCUGGAUGGCAAAUCACACAGACCGCUGCCCCUCGGUGUGGAGAACGACCGAGUCUUCAACAGCCUAUGGGGGAAGGGCAACAUGCCAGUCAUCCUCAACAACCCUUAUUCAGAGAAGGAGCAGCCCCCUGCCUCGGGAAAACAGUCUCCCAUAAAGAAUGGCAGCCCCUCCAAGUGCCCUCGUUUCCUCAAGGUCAAGAACUGGGAGACCGAUGUGGUUCUCUCUGACACCCUCCACCUUAAGAGCACGUUGGGAACGGGAUGCACCGAGCACAUCUGUAUGGGGUCCAUCAUGCUUCCUUCUCAGCAAAUACGAAGGCCUGAAGACGUCCACACAAAAGAACAGCUCUUCCCUCUUGCCAAAGAGUUUAUUGAUCAGUACUACUCAUCAAUUAAAAGAUUUGGCUCCAAAGCUCAUACGGAGAGGCUGGAAGAGGUGAGCAAAGAGAUCGAAACCACCAGCACCUACCAGCUCAAGGACACAGAGCUCAUCUACGGGGCCAAGCACGCCUGGAGGAAUGCCUCCCGCUGCGUCGGCCGGAUCCAGUGGUCCAAGCUGCAGGUGUUCGACGCCCGCGACUGUACCACGGCUCACGGGAUGUUCAACUACAUCUGUAACCAUAUCAAGUAUGCCACCAAUAAAGGGAACCUCAGAUCUGCCAUCACCAUAUUUCCCCAGAGGACCGACGGCAAGCAUGACUUUCGAGUCUGGAACUCCCAGCUCAUCCGCUAUGCUGGCUACAAGCAGCCUGACGGCUCCAUCCUGGGGGAUCCAGCCAGCGUGGAGCUCACAGAGAUCUGCAUCCAGCAGGGCUGGAAACCCCCAAGAAGCCGCUUCGAUGUCCUGCCACUCCUGCUCCAGGCCAACGGCAAUGACCCUGAGCUCUUCCAGAUUCCUCCAGAGCUGGUGCUGGAAGUGCCCAUCAGACACCCCAAGUUGGAGUGGUUCAAGGACCUUGGGCUGAAGUGGUACGGCCUCCCCGCUGUGUCAAACAUGCUCCUGGAGAUCGGCGGCCUGGAGUUCAGCGCCUGUCCCUUCAGCGGCUGGUACAUGGGCACAGAGAUUGGCGUCCGUGACUACUGUGACAGCUCCCGAUACAACAUCCUGGAGGAAGUGGCCAAGAAAAUGAACUUGGACAUGAGGAAGACAUCCUCCCUGUGGAAGGACCAGGCACUGGUGGAGAUCAACAUCGCGGUGCUGUACAGCUUCCAGAGUGACAAAGUGACCAUCGUUGACCACCACUCUGCCACCGAGUCCUUCAUUAAGCACAUGGAGAAUGAAUACCACUGCAGGGGAGGCUGCCCCGCUGACUGGGUGUGGAUCGUGCCCCCCAUGUCUGGCAGCAUCACCCCCGUCUUCCACCAAGAGAUGCUCAACUACCGACUCACCCCCUCCUUCGAAUACCAGCCUGACCCUUGGAACACCCACAUCUGGAAAGGUACCAACGGGACCCCCACAAAGCGGCGAGCCAUUGGCUUCAAGAAGCUGGCAGAAGCCGUCAAGUUCUCAGCCAAACUGAUGGGACAGGCCAUGGCCAAGAGGGUCAAGGCUACCAUCCUGUACGCCACAGAGACAGGCAAAUCGCAGGCUUAUGCCAAAACCCUGUGUGAGAUCUUCAAACAUGCCUUUGACGCCAAGGUGAUGUCCAUGGAAGAAUAUGACAUUGUACACCUGGAGCAUGAAACUCUGGCCCUGGUGGUUACCAGCACCUUUGGAAAUGGAGACCCCCCUGAGAAUGGGGAGAAAUUUGGCUGCGCCUUGAUGGAAAUGAGGCACCCCAACUCUGGGCACGAGGAAAGGAGGAGCUACAAGGUUCGUUUCAACAGUGUUUCCUCCUACUCCGACUCCCGCAAAUCAUCGGCUGAUGGGCCGGACCUCAGAGGCAACUUUGAGAGUGCGGGACCCCUGGCGAAUGUGAGGUUCUCCGUGUUCGGCCUUGGCUCACGGGCUUACCCUCACUUCUGCGCCUUUGGACAUGCCGUGGACACCCUCCUGGAAGAGCUGGGUGGGGAGAGGAUCCUGAAGAUGAGGGAGGGGGAUGAGCUCUGUGGGCAGGAAGAGGCUUUCAGGACCUGGGCCAAGAUGGUCUUCAAGGCAGCCUGUGAUGUGUUCUGCGUGGGAGAUGACGUCAACAUUGAGAAGGCAAACAACUCCCUCAUCAGCAAUGACCGCAGUUGGAAGAGGAACAAGUCCCGCCUCACCUGCGUGGCCGAAGCUCCAGAACUCACACGAGGUCUAUCCAGUGUCCACAAAAAGCGGGUCUCAGCCGCUCGACUCCUCAGCCGUCAAAACCUUCAGAGUCCUAAAUCCAGCCGAUCAACCAUCUUCGUGCGUCUCCACACCAACGGGAAUCAGGAGCUGCAGUACCAGCCUGGGGACCACCUGGGCGUCUUCCCCGGCAACCACGAGGACCUCGUGAAUGCCCUGAUCGAGCGGCUGGAGGACGCACCCCCGGUCAACCAGCUGGUGAAGGUGGAGCUGCUAGAGGAGCGAAACACGGCUUUGGGGGUUAUCAGUAACUGGACCGAUGAGCAUCGCCUCCCACCCUGCACCAUCUUCCAGGCCUUCAAGUACUACCUGGAUAUCACCACGCCUCCAACGCCACUGCAGCUGCAGCAGUUUGCCUCUCUGGCCACCAGUGAGAAAGAGAAGCAGCGUCUGCUGGUCCUCAGCAAGGGUCUGCAGGAGUACGAGGAGUGGAAAUGGGGCAGGAACCCGAACAUCGUGGAGGUGCUGGAGGAGUUCCCAUCCAUCCAGAUGCCCGCCACCCUGCUCCUGACCCAGCUGUCGCUGCUGCAACCUCGCUACUAUUCCAUCAGCUCCUCCCCGGACAUGUACCCCGACGAGGUGCACCUCACCGUGGCCGUUGUCUCCUACCGCACCCGAGAUGGAGAAGGGCCAAUUCACCACGGCGUGUGCUCCUCCUGGCUCAACCGGAUCCAGGCUGACGAAGUGGUGCCCUGUUUCGUGAGAGGAGCACCCAGCUUCCACCUGCCCCGAAAUCCCCAAGUGCCCUGUAUCCUGGUUGGCCCGGGCACAGGCAUUGCCCCUUUCCGAAGCUUCUGGCAGCAGCGGCAAUUUGAUAUCCAACACAAAGGAAUGAGUCCCUGCCCCAUGGUCCUGGUCUUCGGGUGCCGGCAGUCCAAGAUAGACCACAUCUACAGGGAGGAGACCCUACAGGCCAAGAGCAAGGGGGUCUUCAGAGAACUGUACACAGCCUACUCUCGGGAGCCAGACAAACCAAAGAAGUACGUGCAGGACAUCCUACAGGAGCAGCUGGCAGAACCCGUGUACCGAGCCCUGAAGGAGCAAGGGGGCCACAUUUACGUCUGCGGGGACGUCACCAUGGCGGCCGAUGUCCUCAAAGCCAUGCAGCGCAUCAUGACCCAGCAGGGGAAGCUCUCGGUGGAGGACGCCGGCAUGUUCAUCAGCAGGCUGAGGGAUGACAACCGGUACCAUGAGGAUAUUUUCGGGGUCACCCUGCGCACAUAUGAAGUGACCAACCGCCUUAGAUCUGAAUCCAUUGCCUUCAUUGAGGAGAGCAAAAAGGGCACUGAUGAGGUUUUCAGCUCCUAACUGGACCCUCUUGCCCAG